AUGCCGUCGCUGAAGGACCUCAAUUGCAGCAUUGAACUGUCACAACCUCAACACGCAUUACCAGAGUACGGUACCACAUACGGCGACGGCUUCGUAGAGACAUUCGUGCCAGUACCCCACCAGCCACAAUCCUUUUCUAUUCACCUCACAUCCAACACAUUCAUCGCGCCUGGCAUUGCGAUCUUUGUCUACGUCGACGGGGUCUACCAGUGCAACCGCAACAGACAAGACAUCAAACCCCGAAAACCGUCGGGCAGUCGCUCUUUGGUGGACUUUAGGGUGCGUCAAAAAGAGGAAAGACAGAAAGAUGGGUCUAUGAUUGCGCGCGAAUGGACUUUGGAUAACUUGGAUAUUACGUCAGCGGAUGAUGCGUCGAACCUCAACACGCCAGCCACUAUUGAAAACAUAGGAUGCAUCGAAGUCGUGGUGCUGCGAUGUGCUGGCAGUCGAGACGCGAAAUCUGCUUCGGCGAUCAACUUAGACGGCGCUGGUGACUGGCUCGACCAUCGUUUUAGUUUGGGAGACUCACCAAGUUCUCACAAUCGAUCCAUGUGCGAUGACCGAGGACCGUUUUUCAAUGGUUCCCACAAUAUUUCUGGUCCGCCAGCGCCUUGGGCGUCCUAUCGUGCGCCGUACGCCGAAACACUGCAGAGCCACGAGAGCUCCAAGACACAGAUUCAAUACAACACUCUCCCCAUACGGGACAACAAAUCUAGAGUAUCCAUGACACGUCACUCGAAGCCUAAAUCUCGGUACUCGGAAGCGAUCAGCCCGGGGACGCGACGCUUAGAAAGCAUUCCCUCUUCUGGCUUCCAAUAUGGCAGUGGGCCUAUUCCACCCGAUAGAAAAGUUGCUCAUCGCGACAAUCAUGUGGUUAUGACUCCAGGAACAAGUGGUGUCGACCCCACGUGGCUGAAAGAUGUAUUGAAGGUGGCGGUCAAACAGGGUGUAGAGGAGUCACGACGGGUAGAAGCCCAGUCUGCACGACAUGACAGAGAUUCAGACCACACAUCACAGAAAGAAGACAGAACAAGCCAGGCUCCUGGAGCAUGGCCAGAAUCUCCACACACUACGUCUGUGCAGGUACCGCAUUCCUUCAAGGCAUCACCAUCCAAACGCAAUCAGCGCAGCGACCGUGCAUCAUAUUGGGUCCAGUCACAAAAUGGAUGGGACCAGCUUGAGAUAAAGAGCAAAACAGGAGCCCGCACGAAUCAGAGCGAAGAUCAUUUGUGGGAGACAGAAACCUCCAGCUAUGGCAAUGGGUGGCAUUCGUGCGAAGAAACGCCGUCAGAUUCUUGGGAUACGGAUGAAACUUGGGAGACAGCUAGAGGAAGGGAGUGGAAGGAUUCGAGUCAGUUGGAGAUACCACUUGCUACAACUGCAGCACCUCACUUUAAUGCCCAUAUUGUUUCUCGAGCAUCUUCACCUAUACAUCCUCGACGACGAUCUACACAUACAUCGAGAAAGCAUCGGUCGCGUUCGAAGUCACGAUCUAGACAUCAUAAGAGAGAUAACGAAACUUCAUUGGAACGCACAAGAUGGGCAGGAAGGGCUUCAUCUUCCUACUCUACCAGUUCGACCAGCAGCUCAGACAACACGAUACAGCCGUCGCAUUCUCGAAGCCAUAUACAGACUCCGCCGAAGAGAUCAAAGAGUCGUGGCCGUUCCUCACGGUCUAUGCAGUCUUAUCAUGACCGAAAUUCUUCUCGAUAUCCGCUUUCUGCGGAAAAUCUGAAGCGCAUAGAUUCUGAAUGGGCACCUGUUCCUUCUACAAUCACGCAAGCGAUACCAGAUGUCCAAAGUCACCCAGAUAUCGCGCUCCCAAUGCAUACACAGUCAAGACGAUCAAGUGGACAUGCUAAUGCGGGUCCUUCUGCACCAGAAGUUCCAGAUUGGCCUGCAGCCAUAAAAAAUACUAGUAACAUAUUUCCAGCUCCAUAUGCACCAUCUGCGAAGGAAUAUGCAUGGGACGCUAUUGAUGCCGGUGAAAAGGAUCGUCAUUCCACAGCUUCAUCUACUUGGGCCAGCAACAGAGUGCAUUCUUGGGCCAUUGCCACGCCUCAAGAUUCCUCCUGGGAAACUGAAAAGCAGAAGAGUCACGAUAAAAACGCCUGGUACUCAACUUCUGAUGACGAAGAUGGGGAUAUUAAAUGGACUACCCCGCCCACUGAUCGUAAAAUCCCAGAACCUACAGGAUGGCAGGAUGUUACCAAGUCGCCAUUCGAUACAAAGAAAGCGAAAUCUAACAAAAAGGACUCUCCGGCCCUUCAAGAGCUAAAAGGCGUCCUCGAAAUGACUUUGGGCAGAGAACAGAAAAAUGACAGGGCGAAGGGGAACGAUGAGUCCAGGCCUGCUGUUCAAGGAGGGAAAGACGAGAAGAAUAAGAAAAGUAAGCAAUCAGGCCACGCCACUACUCCCCGUCGCCACAAAAGUUCAAAAUCUCCUGCCAAGUCCAAAGUUCAGCCUCCACAACCCCAUUGGUGUUUUCCUCCACCACCUCCACCUGCAUCCCUCUUGCCUUCUCCUUCAUCGCCACCCACCAUCACAGCUGCCGCAGCCUCUAAAAAGGGAUCCAAACACGUCGUUCGAACCAGCACACCCAUUCCCUACGGCCAUGCGAUAGCGAGACCAGAGUACGUGGAUAGCCUAGAGAAGGCAUAUGCGGUGUUCCGAUUCAAAUACCGGAGUUUGGACGCAUUGAAGAAACUGGGGGUAUUGGGGGAUGAUCUGGAAGAGGCAAAGAAGAACUGGCAGUGA